GAUAGAAAAGUAUUGUUCUCUCGGUGAACGAAGAGAGAAUAAGAAAAAAAGACAAGGAAAAUAAGAAAGGCCAACGCUCAGUCCCGUCUCGGCUCAGUCUCUGUCCAGCCUCUGACGCUCAAACAGCUCCGUCGUAGCUGUUCACAAUUAUAAAGUUCGCCCCAUUUGAAUUUAUUUUUAUUUGUUGCUGCUCUAUACCGUGUAUACUGUCGACAUGCGAUUCUUGAUUUUGAUUCUGUCGGCUUUAAUUGCCUUCGCUUCGGCAGGGACCGUGUCGGAGCGACUGAAAAUGACGAUGGACAAAUACCAGAAAAUCGAAGUGAAUUUACCAGAGAGUCGGCCCAUCACGUCGAGAGGAAUUAUGCAAAACAUUCAGAAUGCUAUCGGGAAUCGGCACGUGACUUUUAAAAUACCUGCCGUGCCGUUCGUGUCGAACCUUUGGCGAACCAAAAACGCCACGCUCGUUUCAUCUUCCGCCAAGAAUUCAUCGUCCACUCCAGCAGCAACGGCGGAUGAGCAGAUCGGGGUCAGCGGCGGCGUCCAGUCGACGGCCGGACCCAUCCAACCCGGCGGACAUCAACCAGGAGAUUGGUGCGGAGGCAACAUCUUAUUGGAUCUCAAUUCACGGCGAGAGUUAACCUACAAGUCGACGCUAUUCCCGGCCGCACGCUCAGUCCCGUACGCCUGCUCCUGGGACGUCAAGGUGAGCAAGAAUUGCCGUCGAGGUCGGGUGACGAUGCGAAUGGACGGACGCAGUCGACUGGCCACCGAGGAUCGAUGCAGCAAAGGAUAUUACCGAGUCUCGCCAUUCAUGAAGGAAGCCAAAAUCUGCGGACACAUUGGGACCGUUCCGCCCUUCCAGUGGUACGUGGACGAGAACCAGCCGGAAGAGGUGACCAUCAUCAUGAAAAACAUUGGACUCAACGAUGGCCGUGACGAAGGAUUGUCUUUUACUCUAUCAAGCGAAUGUCUGACGACGUCCAAGGAGAGCAGCAGCAGUGAGAGUAAAAUCAAUAGCAGCAACGUGGCGAUGGAUAACAUGGAAACCAACAGCCGCUGGAUGUACCGUCUGCUGAUGGACUCGGCCACUCCCGGCAGCCGCCAGAGUCAAGUGAUCCUCCACACGGCCUCCAUGUCCUUCCAGCCCAACUCCAAACUGUCGGCAAAGGCCUCAGAGAAGAUCAGCCAGGAUUUCGGUCAGGCUACGGCAUCCGAUCCAACCGACGACGAGUCCAGCACAACGGUCAAACCGGCCAACAAAAUCACAUUCUAUUCGCCACUCUAUUUGAUUUUCCGCAAAUUGAACCUCAUUUAAAUUUGAAAUUUGAAUUGACAAUUCUAGCUGCUGGUCGGCUAUUUAUUGGACCCAUGUAUACUUGCAUUAUUCAUUAAUUUUAUUCUUAAAAAUGAUAAUUAUUCACUCUAAUUUAAAGCCCGUUGUAUGUGUGUGUGUGUCGUGUUACAAGUUGAUGGAAAUAAAAGAAAAAACAAAAUCCA